GUACAUCAAGCACGUCAAGUGUUCAUUGUUUGUCAACAACUCAGGAAGGAGAGGAAAACUCUGAAUAAAAUCAACAAAUUUGGCUACCUUGGGAAUUCCGAUGUCAAUAAACUUUGUGUGAGGUGUUAGAGGAAGAUACCAAGAACCACCAGAACUAUCUUUAUACAGGAUUUGUGCCCGAUUUCCUGAGUGUACGGAAGAAAUAUCCGUAGUGUAUUUCACCCAUAGUAUCAGUUUUGCCUAUGAGCUUGAUGGCGCCAAGAGACUUUGACCUACAAAAAUUAUCUAUGUCUUUAGAACUCGUGUUUCCUGUCUCCAUGCGUCCGUCACCGUGUAGAAUUCUUUUGAAUCAUCCCAAGAGUAUUAGAAAGAACUGUCCGCAAGGCUCCUCGAGUCUUUUUUCGAUUUUAAAGUGCUAAAAAGUAGCUUACAGGGUACCCUUCACACAUUCUAUUCUUCAGUGAUAUUGCAUUAUUGACAUUCAAAUUCAUUCAUCCCAGAAAUUGUCGAAGAAGUUUAAACUGUUUUCUUGCUGACGUUACAUUUUGAAAGUAAUCAGGUCCGUUCAACAACCUCAUCCCGUCGGAGAUAAACCAGUACGGCAGUAGGCCUAGAGUAUUGUUGGAAAUUUUGACUUGCACGAGUACCGUAUAUCAACGGACUAUCUCAAGAAGCUACAGCAAACGAUUCAAUUUAAAAACUUCAUCUCAUUCGAUAUCAUAAAUUUUGUAUUAAUUUCAUAGUACAAAGACAGUAUUACUAUUACUAUAUUAGUUAACGUUGUAAAUCAGUUCUAAAUCUGCUGCUGAGGAUCUGUUACCGUGUUCAGUUAUCUCGUCAAAACAACAGACCUGAAGUGAAAUUGCUGAUUUCAAAAUUUUAUUUGAAUAGACCUGACAAUCAUUUAAGAUGAAACUCCUAGAAAAUUCAAAGUUUGAGGCCAUCAAUUGUGCCCUGUCAGUGGAGAUGGGUGACUGCAAAAUUGAUGGGCGAAUCGAGAGUUACUCCUGCAAAAUGGCUGGGAAUGACAAACGACUGUUCAAAGUCAUCAGCCAAGAUGGCGGUCACGCCCCUAACGAUCUCCAGGCUCUGUCUCCUCCAAUGGGUACUCUGUCUCACAGCCCUGUCAAGAGUGUGAGUGACAGUGAGGGUGGCGAGGGGCCACUCUGCGACACGAUAAGCACCAAGACACUGUUCUACCUCAUCUCGACCCUGAACGCAUCUUUUGCUCCGGACUAUGACUUCAGCAAUGCUAAAAGUGGAGAGUUCAGCAAGGAGCCAAGUCUGCAGUGGGUGAUGAAUUCAAUAGACAGUCUCCUGUUUGCCUCUGAGGGCGACACAUUCAGUAUGUUACGACCGCAGUUAUGGGCUGCUCUUGAUGAAGAGAUUGGCUUGGGAGAAUGUGAACUCUACAGUUACAAUCCUGACUUGGCGUCUGACCCAUACGGUGAAGAAGGCUGCAUCUGGUCGUUCAACUAUUUCAUCUACAACAAGAAGAUGAAGAGGAUCGUAUUCUUCUCCUGCAGGGCAACCAGCGUCACCUCCGACUCGGGUAUCGGCAAGGAUCUCGGUGGAGUCGAGAUGUUUGAGGAUUACGAGAUGGAUGGAGGGAGUGAAUACGCCUACUAGAGAGAGUCAGUGGAGGCUAUUAUACUGGAAUGUGUAAAGAACAAAGGAUAUGACACAGACAUUCAAGGAUUUUGAGAAACUAUACUGUAGUGUGUGUACUCAUUCAUCGAUCAAUUCUUAACCUGUAAUCGUUUUGAUGGCGAUCCUCAUAUCACAUUACCGUUGUUGUAAUUUAUAACUGGAAAACAUUAGGGUGGGUUGAUAGACACAUUGUUUUCAUCAACAGCGAAACAAAUCUUUUCAAGGAAAGGAAAAGGAAGAAAAUAGAAAAAGAACAAACAAUCAUCAUAGCAUUUUUUCAGCUCAUAUCAUUUAAAGGGUAGUUGUCAAUGGGUUGUUAGUGGAUUAUAUUAAAAGUAAGCUUGAUGUCCAUAAGAUAAGACUCUCCUAGCAGAGAAGUCAGUUUCUAAUGUAAUGUACUUUCUAGUUUCCGUACCUCACACCUUACCUGAAAUACAUUUCGUGAGCAAGCAUCUGUCCGUUAAGAAUACAUUCAUUUGAAACAUUGGUGCAACGAACAUGUUGUAAGUGAUAAUAAUUGAUAUGUUGAUACCUUUUCAGGGGAACUCACCACCAUUGUGUUUUCAUUCCUAAAAUUAACGUGUGCACCGUGCACAUAUCUACAUUUCUUAUAGAUGGUCAAAUCUUAUUCUUUUCAGAAUGAUAAAUAUACAUGUACACAAUGAAAAAUUGAGGCAGCUCUUAUGUAGUAUAUCACAUUGUAUUUCAACCAUUCAUUUUACUUUUUGGUGCCAAUCAUUUUGAGAUGUCAAAUAAAUUGGCAGAUAUUUGUUCAUAACUUGAAUGACAACUGCAACAAAAUAGUACAUUUUGAGGGUCAUGUUUCAUUGUGAUUUUUGGGUCGUUAAAAAGAUUUAAAAUUAAUAGGGCAGCAACUCAAAGUAAUGAAGAAAAUAACUCUAGUAAACAACUAGUACAUUUUGAGGGUUUAUCAUAUUUCAUGUUCGUAUUUGGGUCAUCAAACAAAUGUGUGACAAAAAUGUCUCCAUUUUUAUUAUGUAUCUGGAAGCAGUAGCUAAAAGUUAAAGAAAACACCAUGCUUAUUCUUAAAGGGAGUGUUGUUAAAGCAAUGUUGUGUUAGUUGAAUAUCACAUUACUUGAUAAACUGAAAAGUGGUGCCUGGUAUCUGUAUGCAAUUUAGUUCAAGACCUGCCGCUCAUGCUUCUGCUUUGAUGUUUAUUUUUCAGCACAAUCAUCGGUGUUUUGAUUUUGUUGUGUUGUUCUGUAGUGUGUGUCAGAGGUAAGUUUAAGUUGUGUCAAAACAUGGGGAAAAAAGAUCUUUUGGUUUGUGUAAUUAGGUUACUUUUGGAGUUGUCACUGAAUAAGGUUUAGAAUUGGACAUUUUCUGAUGUGUUUCUAUUUGGAACAUAGCUUUAUUACCAACGUAAUUCUGAUGUCUAUUUUCACGUUUAUUGAAGCUUUCCAUUUAGAUCACCCGCAGCAGUUUUUCAUGCACUGUCUUGGAUCAGAAUGUUCCAAUUGUAUGGGUCAGAGCCAAGGGGUGAUACGAAUAAAGACUAGCAAAUGCUUUUAUCUAAAACUCCAUGUACAUUUACACUAGGCCUUUCUGUACAAAAUUGAAGUAAAAGCAUUUGCUAGUCUUUAUUCAUAUCACCCAAGGUUGUUUUCAAUGAGCAGUCCAGAUAAUUAUAUUUAGUUGGUGAAAAGGAACAAAAAGCUUUGCAGUUGCUGAUUUUGAAAAGAAAAGGUCAUCAAGAUUUACAAUGCAUAUAUAAGCUCACCUUUUAUACAUACAAAUAUGAAAUGAACUCAUUUUAUUAAAUGGAAAACUUUCAAACUUGGCUUAUAUUGAACUGGACUCUGACCACUUUGCACCCGUAGUUGUACAAUGUACAUGUAAUGUAUGUAUGUGUAUAUAGUUAUUUUAUAUCCGUGUAAUUUUCAUCUGUUAAUAAAUUUUAUAAGCUGUAUAUAAAUACAA